GGUCCACCGGCCGAGAUGGCGGAUGCCUUUGGCGACGAUCUGUUCAGCGUGUUCGAGGAAGAUUCGUCGAAAAAAGCCAAAGGAGCGGCUGGUGGUGGAGGGAAACCCGGGGAGGCCACUGAUGGAGCUCUUCGAGAUGCAAGUACAAUUUCUUCAGUGAAGAAUAAGCGUGAUGUCGAUACUGAUAAUCCAGAUGAUGCAAUAUUUGGAAAAAAGCCCAAACUCGAAGCCAUAUCCACAGAGGAAAUUAAUCUUGCAGACUUGAUGCCCAAGGUGAAGGUGGAACAAGUUGAAACAGUAGAGGGAUGUAACCAUGAGGUGGCCAUUCCGAUGUACGAUGAAUAUGAGCAACUGAAACCUCGUGUCGGAAAAGCAGCAAAGGAAUACCCUUUUAUCCUGGAUGCUUUUCAAAGAGAAGCUAUUGCUUGUAUUGACAACAACCAAUCUGUAUUGGUAUCUGCACAUACAUCGGCUGGCAAAACAGUUUGUGCUGAGUAUGCAAUAGCCCUUGCUUUACGUGAUAAGCAAAGAGUUAUCUUUACCAGUCCUAUCAAAGCAUUGAGCAAUCAGAAGUAUCGUGAGAUGUAUGAGGAGUUCCAGGAUGUGGGAUUAAUGACUGGUGAUGUCACUAUCAAUCCAACAGCCUCCUGCUUAGUUAUGACAACUGAGGUAAAAUUUUUAAGGAGUAUGUUGUAUAGAGGAUCAGUUAUGAGAGAAGUAGCCUGGGUAAUCUUUGAUGAAAUCCAUUAUAUGAGAGAUGCAGAACGAGGUGUUGUAUGGGAGGAAACAAUUAUUCUUCUCCCAGACAAUGUUCAUUAUGUGUUCCUUUCUGCAACUAUUCCCAAUGCACGCCAAUUUGCUGAGUGGAUUUGCCAUCUUCACAAACAGCCUUGUCACGUAAUCUACACAGACUACAGACCAACACCUCUACAGCACUAUAUUUUUCCAGCAGGCGGUGAUGGAUUGCACUUAGUUGUUGAUGAAAAUGGAGAUUUUAGAGAAGAUAACUUCAAUACAGCUAUGCAGGUACUGAGAGAUGCUGGUGAUCUUGCAAAAGUUGAUUCGAAGGGGCGGAAAGGAGGAACUAAAGGGCCAUCAAAUGUAUUCAAGAUUGUAAAGAUGAUCAUGGAAAGGAAUUUUCAGCCUGUUAUCAUUUUUAGCUUCAGCAAGAAGGACUGCGAAGCAUAUGCUCUGCAGAUGACCAAACUUGACUUCAAUACAGAUGAUGAGAAAAAGCUGGUUGAAGAGGUAUUCAACAAUGCUAUUGACUGCUUGUCUGAUGAGGAUAAAAAACUUCCUCAGGUUGAACAUGUUUUGCCUCUUUUAAAAAGGGGAAUUGGAAUUCACCAUGGAGGUUUGCUUCCUAUACUGAAAGAAACCAUUGAGAUUCUUUUCUCUGAAGGACUUCUGAAGGCAUUGUUUGCUACAGAGACCUUUGCUAUGGGUAUCAACAUGCCAGCAAGGACUGUUCUGUUUACGAGUGCACGCAAAUUUGAUGGGAAAGAUUUCCGCUGGAUUUCUUCAGGGGAAUACAUUCAGAUGUCUGGUCGAGCUGGUAGGCGUGGCAUGGAUGAAAGAGGAAUUGUUAUUCUCAUGGUAGAUGAAAAGAUGAGUCCAACAGUUGGAAAACAGCUUUUAAAGGGUUCAGCUGAUCCUCUAAACAGUGCUUUUCAUCUGACCUACAACAUGGUUUUGAACUUGCUUCGUGUUGAAGAGAUCAAUCCUGAAUACAUGUUGGAAAAGUCCUUCUACCAAUUCCAGAACUACAAGGCAAUCCCUGGGGUGGUGGAAAAGGUCAAGGUACUGGAAGGGCAGUACAAUGAAAUUGAAAUUCCCAACGAAGAAAACGUUGUUGCUUACUACAAAAUACGACAGCAGCUGGCUAAACUGGGUAAAGAAAUUGAAGAAUAUUUACACAAACCAAAGUACUGCUUACCCUUUCUUCAGCCAGGCAGACUUGUUAAGGUGAAAAAUGAAGACGAUGAUUUUGGUUGGGGAGUUGUCAUAAAUUUCAAUAAAAAAUCUAAUGUUAAGCCUAAUACCGGGGAGCUUGAUCCAUUGUAUGUGGUAGAAGCUUUAUUGCACUGCAGUAAAGACAGCGUGAAGCUCGCAGCUUCAGAAGCAGCUAAGCCAGCAAAAGCAGGAGAAAAAGGAGAAAUGCAGGUUGUUCCUAUCAUGCUUCACUUAAUUACUGCCAUCAGUAGUGUGCGCCUGUAUAUUCCAAAAGACCUGAGACCACUGGAUAACAGGCAAAGUGUUUUGAAAUCAAUACAGGAAGUACAGAAGAGAUUUCCUGAUGGUGUACCUUUAUUGGAUCCAAUUGAUGAUAUGGGAAUCAAGGAUCAGGGACUGAAGAAAGUAAUCCAGAAAAUUGAGGCUUUUGAACACCGAAUGUAUUCACAUUCCAUGCACAACGACUCAAAUUUGGAAACUGUCUAUAGACUUUGCGAAAGGAAAGCACAGAUUGCAGGAGAUAUCAAAGCAGCAAAACGAGAAUUGAAGAAAGCUCGAACAGUUUUACAGAUGGAUGAAUUGAAAUGCCGUAAACGUGUGAUCAGACGAUUAGGCUUUGCCACCUCGUCUGAUGUCAUUGAAAUGAAAGGACGAGUUGCUUGUGAAAUAAGCAGUGCAGAUGAGCUACUUCUGACAGAAAUGAUGUUUAAUGGCAUCUUUAACGAUCUGACUGCUGAGCAGGCAACAGCUUUACUUAGCUGUUUUGUGUUUCAGGAGAAGGCAAAUGAAAUGCCGAAGCUGACAGAACAGCUUGCAGGUCCUUUACGACAAAUGCAGGAAUGUGGCAGGAGAAUAGCCAAAGUGUCAGCAGAAGCCAAACUGGAGGUCGAUGAAGAAAUGUAUCUGGACUCCUUUCGCCCCCAUUUAAUGGAUGUUGUAUUUACAUGGGCAAAUGGAUCAACUUUUGCUCAAAUCUGCAAAAUGACAGAUGUCUUUGAAGGAAGUAUAAUUCGUUGUAUGAGGCGACUGGAAGAACUCCUUCGACAGAUGUGUCAAGCAGCAAAGGCUAUUGGAAACACAGAGUUAGAAAACAAAUUUGCAGAAGGCAUAUCCAAGAUCAAAAGAGAUAUUGUAUUUGCUGCAAGUCUUUAUUUAUAAUUUUGAAAAAGGCACUGUCAAUGACAUUUACGUUCAGGCUGAGUCAGGCAUUAAAUCACAAGGUUUGAAAGGACCACAUGAAGAAACUUGUCUUGAUGAAUAAAUAGUCAACAACUGAGCAUUGUCAGGUUUUUGAAAGACAUUUUAUUUUCCAUUGAAUUUAUAUAUAGUGUGGACCUCAAGCACCGACAAAAGCAAGCUUCAGUAUUGAAACUGUACAUGGAAAACAUUACUGUUAUUUUAAUAAACAUUUUUACAUCUUGAA